AACAUCGUGGACAAGAGAAUCGAUGAAUUGUGUAUUUGUAGUGCUUAAUAAAUGGUAUUAAAACACGAAAGUGCGUAAGAAGGUGAACAAGACGUCAUCUCAGUUGUAAAUCAACCGAAAGGUGGGGGUGUUGAAAUGCACGGAAAAGCUCUGUGGUGAUCCAAGGUGAAGAUUGUAGGGAGCUCACGAGGAGUAUGUGGUUGAAUGUUGAGAAAAUGCGAAGGAGAUUGUUUUAACGGCUGGGCCAUAGUGUGAGAAAGGAUCACGUUCCGCUAGGAAGAAAAUUGAUUAGCUGUCGGAGAGUGUCUCCUUAUCAUCUUGGGCGGGUUGAACAAGGACACAAAGGCGAGAAACAAGACACCAAAAUGGGCUAUAUCUACUCAACAGCGGACUAUCUCAACAUCUCUGGAUUGUACGAAUACGAUUCAUCCUUCUAUACAGACCGUGGCAAUGACUCUUACUACGAGUAUACCAAUUUCAGUAGUCUACCACCUCACCUGGGAAACCAUACUGAUGACUACAAUUUCACACUGCCACUGUGGCGUCAAUUCCUGUGGAGCAUUCUGUUCGGUGGUAUGGUUAUUGUGGCCACGGGAGGCAAUCUAAUCGUCAUAUGGAUUGUACUAGCUCACAAACGGAUGCGAACGGUCACCAACUAUUUCAUAGUGAAUCUCUCCAUCGCGGACGCCAUGGUCUCUACACUCAAUGUGACCUUCAAUUACACGUACAUGCUGAACUCACAUUGGCCUUUUGGCACAAUCUACUGCAAAAUCGCACAAUUUGUCGCAAUACUCAGCAUAUGUGCAUCCGUCUUCACCCUCAUGGCAAUUUCCGUAGACAGAUACAUGGCCAUCAUGAAUCCUUUGCGACCAAGGAUGGGAAAACGAACGACUCUGGGCAUUGCAGCGAUUAUCUGGCUUGUUGGUGUCAUUCUGUCGUGUCCCAUGCUGGUCUUCUUCACCACCUUCGACCAGAUCCUACCGGAGGGCGGUGUGAGGGUUGUGUGCUAUUCAGAGUGGCCGGACGGACCUACAAAUCACAGCUUUCAGGAGCACGUGUAUAAUGUCGUUUUCAUGUUCCUAACGUACUUUCUGCCCAUCGGCUCGAUGACAUUCACAUAUGCCAGGGUCGGGAUUGAACUUUGGGGCUCGCAGAGCAUUGGAGAAUGUACUCAGAGGCAGCUGGAGAAUAUCAAGAGCAAGAGAAGGGUUGUUAAAAUGAUGAUGAUGGUGGUUCUUAUCUUUGCCGUCUGCUGGCUUCCAUUCCAAGUCUAUUUCAUCGUGACGUCAUACGAUCCUGAAAUCACCAAUAAGCCCUACAUACAGGAAGUUUACUUGGGCAUCUAUUGGUUAGCCAUGAGCAACUCUAUGUACAAUCCGAUAAUAUAUUGUUGGAUGAACUCAAGGUUUCGGCGGGGAUUCAAGCAGUUUUUCCGAUGGUGUCCCUUUGUGCAGCUUACACCGGAAACACUGACGAGACGUGAAGUCGUCACCAAAUACUCCUGUGCUGGAUCACCAGAGCACCACAGAAUUAUCCGCAAUGACACUCAAAGAUCAUUUCUCUACUCAUGUUCAGGAUCACCCAAGCACCUCAAUAGAACGAGUGGAUCAAUGAGGACACCUAUGCAACACUCAUGCACUCCUGCCACAAAGACCAGCUACGUGGCAAAUACAUCCGGAAUGAUCACACUCAAUUCCCUCAAUAAUGAUAUUCCCAUGACUAGAACAGGGGGCAGUCAGCGCUGGACAUCUCGUCGCUCAGUUUCCUGACAAUUGUCUGGAGGUAGCGAAGGGGGUGAUGGUAUCCCCUACAAUGGUAUCAGUUGCAACAACAACGAGACCACCCAGCAGACCAUUCUCGACAGUCCCAUCGAGUCGGCUGGCGGAACGCGCCAAAGAAGGACGUGGAUAUGAAAGGAGACCCGAUGCUGAGCCCAUCAGCAUCUCCGGGAGUCCACGAAAAGACUGUGAACAUGUAGAUUGAAUUUAAUUUAAGGGAGAAGGAAGAUAUGUUACUGAAAUCGUGAUGUGAAAUUAACCUGAGAGUUCACAACAGCAUAAGACAGGACUAUUUUCAUUUUUGGAUUUUAAAGAUUUUUACAAAAAUCUUAGGUAUUCAAUUUUUACAAUUUCAAGAUGUCUGCCGCCGUCUUACCCAUUACCAUCCAUUGGGUAAACGGUAAAAAACUUGACUCAAAUGCUAAACAAAUAUUUUCAAAAGUAAUUUUGCAUUGCUCGAUAUUCUUGAAACCUUAAAAGUCAUACGUGUAAAUUUUAAUUUUGCCUAAAUUAGAAUUCAGCAGAGAGAAACCAAUAAACUUUCUGAAAGACUAAAAUGGAAGGUGUUUUGCAAAAGCAACAACCGCAAGGAAAUAAAUAAUUUUUGAUGAAACCUUCUGGUAAAACAGGAAAUUAAACAUCUUUUUUUAGAAUUUCUCACCAUAGAAAUAUUUUUCUUGUAAAUAUUAAAUUGCCAUAUAUAUAUUUAUAUUUUGAAAGUAAAUGAGAAAAUGUAUGAAGCGAGAAAGUGUGCUAGGUAAGCAUACCCUUAAAUUUUUGUGUAAUUGGCGAAAAAAUAGGCAGAAAGCCGAUGAUUUUGCUGUGGACCAACCCAGGCUCAAUGUUGUUUUCUUUUUUUUUCUUCUUCUUUUUUGAUGAGGAAAAAGCGAUUUAUUUGCAAUAAAAUUGGGCCACAGAAAGACAAACACGCAGUGCUUGAAUAUAAAUCACGUUAGGAGGAAGUCCUGGGAUAGGAUGAUAAGCUCAGCUAAUUGACACUAUCUCUGUUCCUGUUGAUGUGGUGAGAAUUGAACAAGAAGUACUCUUUCACCUCGGUAGCCCUUUCCCAAAGUCAUUCUUGUGGAAAGUAUGGCAAAAGUCCAAUGAGACAUUUCAAUUUCCGACUGAAUGCUGAUAUUUUGUACAUUGAAAAGUAGAUGUGUAUUUAGGGCAUCAAUAGAGAUAAAAUCAAUGGUCCAUUGAUGGACGAUUCAGGGGGUAAAUACGAGGGUGGAAGUACAGUCACUGAAACUGUGAACCAUCAGCAAAAAUAUCAAAUAGAAAGGAGAGAGGGGGAGGGGUAUCCAUGUGAAUUGAAAUUAAUCUUUCUGUGGUGGAGAUGAAUUGACGUGAAAAAGUGGAAAUCUACAUAAAAUGGUGCUUAAAUGAUUAUCGAUUUAGUAAUUAAACAGAUAUCUCCAAGAUUUUGGCUCCAAAAUUCUCUACCAAAAGAUAAUAUUCUUCAUGUCUUUUCACAUUAUGCAGAGUUGAAGAAUAACUGUAGGAAAAUCCUCAAGAAA